AUGGCGCCCGCGCUUCUGACUGCUGUCGAUGCGACAUCCCACAUCCAUCUGAUAAUCGGAUCGAAUCCGCUCGCUGGUGCUCGAUGCUCACGGUCAAUCGAGGUCGGCGCAAAGCCCAUACUGCUUGCACCCGAGGAAGCUACCCUUCACUAUGGUCUGGUCAAGCGCAUUGAGGCCGGCGAAGUGCAAUGGCUCAAGCGAAGCUUCAACGAGGAGGACCUGACCACCUUGGGUCGCUCCGAGGUAGAUGGUGUUGUAGAUGCAGUGUUUAUCACCGCAGGCGGCAAACAGGGAUCCAGUACCCACAUCUCGAGCCUUUGUCGAAGGUUACGGAUACCCGUCAAUGUCGCCGAUGCACCGAAUCUAUGUUCGUUCACGCUCCUCUCUACACACUCCGACGGGCCGUUACAGAUUGGUGUCACAACGUCAGGCAAAGGCUGUAAGCUGUCUGCGAGGAUCCGUAGGGAAAUCGCGGCUUCGUUGCCACAACAACUGGGUGACGCUGUGGAGAGGCUUGGAACACUGCGCAGGCGUAUAUGGGAGGAAGAUCACGCCGCUGAGCUGUUACAAGAUCUUGAAGCAGAAGAGGAGGACAGUGGCCAACCAGCAACAUUCAAUAAGUUGAUUGUAGAAGAGAGCAAAGAAGCGGCUCGAGGUCGUCGGAUGCGCUGGCUAUCGCAAAUAUGCGAGUAUUGGCCCCUUCGUCGCCUUGCCGCUAUUUCGGACGCAGAUGUCGAUACUCUGUUCCGCGAGUUUGCUAGCAGCAGUCCAUUGAAAGUCGGACCAGCCGCCAUAACACCACAAAGAAGACCAGGCCGCAUCAUUCUCGCAGGCUCCGGGCCCGGCAACCCCGACCUUCUCACCCGCGCAGCACACAAAGCCAUUCUCUCCGCCGACCUCAUCCUCGCCGACAAACUCGUUCCCGCUCCCAUCCUCGACCUCGUCCCGCGCCGCGCAACCGUCCACAUCGCACGCAAGUUCCCCGGCAACGCAGAUAAAGCUCAAGAAGAGCUUCUUGAGCUGGGUCUGGAGGGACUGAAGGCGGGCAAGGUGGUUGUGAGGAUAAAGCAGGGCGAUCCAUAUAUCUACGGGCGAGGUGGUGAGGAGUACGACUUCUUCCGCGCGCAUGGAUAUAUACCCAGUGUUCUACCCGGCAUCACCAGCGCGUUGAGUGCGCCGCUGUUUGCCGCUAUACCUGCCACGCACCGUGGUGUUGCAGAUCAAGUGCUGAUCUGCACUGGCACCGGACGGAAGGGCGCGCCGCUUGAUCCUCCAGAAUUCGUGGCGUCACGGACACUCGUUUUACUCAUGUCGCUACAUCGUCUAUCUGCAUUGAUUGAAAGUCUAGAUGGGAAAGGAUACCCCAAGGACCUGCCUGUGGCUGUUUUGGAAAGAGCGUCGUGUCCUGAUCAAAGAGUUAUUAGAACGACGCUGGAACACGUUUGUGCAGCAGUGGAGGAGGAAGGGAGUAGACCGCCGGGCCUACUGGUGGUGGGGAAUGCGUGCAAGGUGCUUAUGAAGUACGACCAGAGAUGGGUUGUAGAAGAGGGAUUCCAUGGGUUGGAUAAUCUCGGUGGGGAGGGCGAGUUGGAGUUGAGUAAGCUGGGAGAAGGUGUUGCUGUUGCGUAG